CCUUCCUCUCCCUCUCUCCACCUCUUUCUCUCUCUCUCUCUCUCUCUCUCUUUCUCUGAGACACACACCUGUACUGUGUUAGCAGUUGAGAUUGCGUGCUCAGGUGUCACCUGUCUGUCUCACCAUGACCUUCUCUCUCCGGCUCUCCUUGGCACUCUGGAGUCUCUCCUGCGCCACAGCCCAGUGGUGCUAUCAGGGCCAGUACACCUGCAAUGAAGUCUGCAAAGCUCCUGACGAAUGGCACACCCUGUAUCCCCACUGUGGUGGGGACAGGCAAUCUCCCAUCAACAUCGUCACCAGCAAGAUCCGGCGAGACCCCACCCUGACCCCCCUCCACCUAGAGGGUUACCAUGACGCCCACGACAUCGAAGUGGAGAACGUGGGCCGCUCAGCACACUUCACCCUGCCCCACUCCCUGCGAGUUUCGGGGGGUAACCUGACGGGCACCUACAAGGCCCAGCAGUUCCACCUGCACUGGGGCACGGACGCUGGCCCCGGGUCCGAGCACACGCUGGACGGGGAGAGGUUCCCCAUGGAGCUCCACAUUGUUCACAUUAAAGAGCAGUACAGCUCGUUGUCAGAAGCAAAAAACGACACGUCGGCCGUCGCUCUGCUCGCCUUCUUCUUCGAGGAAUCUGCUCAGGAUAACAUCCACUUUAAUGUGAUCGCUGAUGCCCUGGGGAGGGUUCGCUACGCUGGGAACAGCUCCACCGCCAAGGCCGUGCGCCUGGGGGACCUCCUGCCGGCCACCGAGGAGCUGCGCGGGUAUUACCGCUACGCGGGGUCCAUGACCACGCCCGGCUGCCAGCAGGUCGUCGUCUGGACCCUGUUCCACAGGACCAUACCUGUCAGCCGCAGACAGCUGCUGCAAGUGAGCCGCGAGCUGAGGUUCGGGACGGGGAAGCCCAUGACGGACAUCUUUCGGCCUGUGCAGCACCUGAACGGCCGCUCUGUGCUCUGGUCCGCGGCGGGCCCGGUUCUGCCCAGCACGCUCGCUGUGUGGCUGUGCGCGCUAGCGGCGCUGGGCCUGCGCUGGAAUUCCCACUGACCCUGAGGAAACAGCACCACCUUCAGGUCAGGAGUGGAAACGCAGGCUGCUCUAAAAGCUGAACCCCAAAUGCGCACUCACGUGCACACACACACUCACACACUAAGACGCACACACACACCUACAUGCACACACUCAGACACACAUCUACAUGCACCAGUGGGGUGGGGGGGAACAUUUGUACAGUCACCCCCAAUUUACACAUCACAUUUAUAUAUUCAUGAAAGACUAUUUAGUUAAUAUUAAGCUCAAUUCAGGAAAUUAACUGAAAUUCAGUUAAUUUAAAAUCCUCAAGGAACAUUAUAGGAACUCUGCAACUAGCUGAACUGAAUUUCAGCUCAUUGCCUGCCUGUGUUGUCGAUUAAAUGACAGAUUGUUAAAAGUUUGAGAGAACAUGCAUUUUUUUUUGAUCAGAUGGGUAAAACUCAAUACUUUUCAAAUCUUAAGGAUAACUGCUGUGUAGAUCAAGUUUGGGCCGUGGAAGGUACACUAUAUGGCCAAAUGUAUGUGGACACCUGACAUCCAACAUCUCCCCAAACUGUUGCCCCAAGGUUGGAAGCACGGAAUAGUCUAAACUGUCAUUGCAUUAAGAUUUGCCUUCACUGGAGCUAAGGGGCUUAGCCCAAACCAUGAAAAACCCAGACCAAGGGGCGUCCAGAUACACUAAAUGACCAAAAGUAUCUCUUGGGUUGUGAAAUCAUUAUGAGCAACCCUGGAUUUACGGCAAACGCAGCAUUCUCCCAGUGCUCUCGAUGGAAAUGGGGAGAGAGGAGACCCACGUUGGUUCCUACUGCACCAAAAUGCUUGCAAUAAUUGUCCUUGACGCUCUUGCAUGGUUAGCAGGUUUAGGCCAGAGGUGCUAAAGUCACGGGGAUUAUCUAUUUGGUUGUGCUAUCGAGUAGCUUACAGCAACACUGCAAUGCAGUUGGGCCUGUGUGGGAAAAAAGGUGUUAGAAUUCAUCAAAUGUUAUUCUGUGUUUGUACAAAUGAAUGCUGAAUGGAAAAAAUAAAACCAGUUAAAACACA